AUGAGCUUCGGCUUGGACAGAACCUCCGUCAGGUUGCCCUUCUCGCUGUACACCAACCCGGUCUUCGGGAGCACCUCCGCGAUGACCGGGCGGUGGAUCUCCUCCCCGGCGAGGUUUUCCAUGGCGCGACCUGCGGCGUGCGCGGCGACGCGAAGACUGAUGGUGAGGCGGCGUUCGAAAACUUCGAUCCGACGCGACGUCAACUUCCCGUCCCCGCCAGAGAUGACCACGAGGCGUCACUCCGCGGCGCGCCGGGGCGGCGCGCGAGCGAUGUCGGAGUCCGACGACGACGAUGACGACCUCCCCGAGGAGAUCAUCACGAUGAACAAGAACCCGAGCCCGUACCGGCUCUACCUCACGCUGACCACGCACCCGGUCCGCGUCCCCGCGCUCGUCGCGCUCGCCGCGCGCGCGCUCCUCGUCACCGCCGCGCUCUACUACAGCAUCGCGCUCCACUGCGGCGAGACGACGAACGCGCGACCGGAGCGCGGUCCGCCGACGGGGUUCUGGAAGGACCCGCUUCGCGCGACGCGAUGCGCGAUCGUGACGCACCACCUCGUCGUUCUCCUGACGCACGCGCUGUCGAGUCGCUACUCGAACGGCGACGCGCCGCGCGCGGAGGCGGAGCACGUGCCGUCGCGCCCGUCGCUCCUCGGAUCGCUGUGGCACUCGCUCGUCGCGCUGGCGAUCGGGACGGCGUUUUGGUUCGUGUUCAUGUGCAACUUCGGCCUCUCCGCGCUGUACGUGCCGUACCCCACGACGCACGCUUCGGCGCUCCUCGCGUCGUUGACGUUCGUCCCCGGCGCCGCGAUGUACGGCACGAGCCCGUGGGAAGGGAAGGGCGCGCAGUGGGAGUGGCACCGCGUGCUCGUCCUGGGCGACGGCGCGUUUUACCCGAUCGAUUUCCAAUGGUUCGCGUCCGCGUGGGGCGCCGCGCUCGGGGCGUGGAUGGGGGCGAUGCCGAUACCACUGGACUGGGGCAGGGCGUGGCAGAGAUGGCCGAUCACGGUCGUGUACGGGAUGUGCGUGGGGUGCGUCGUCGGCGCGUGGACAGGGUUCGCGUGGGCGGUCGCGAAGUGGGCGCGCGGCGACAGAGGGGUGUUCGGUUGGGGAGACGGGAGUUAUUACGCGCGACCCGCGCACGACGACGACGACGGCAGCCGCGAGAAGGAGAAGAGGCUGAGACGGAACGCGAGGCUGGCGAAGAAGCGGAAGGAGAAGGAGACGUAG